AUUUCCAAGUGCAAUGCGGUAGUGUUUUAAGUAAAAUGCAAUUAAAUUAGGGCAAUUUGUAAAUAUAUAUGCAACAAUAAAACAAACGCUGGACAUGCCACUGCCGCGCAGCCAUAGAACGACAAAAGCCACAAGCAGCAACAACAACAAAAAACGUGUGCAUUCUUGGAGACGCUGCUGAUGGAGCAACAACAACCACAACAACAAUCCUCAUUAUCCAUGCGCUGGCUGCGACGCUACCGUUCCUACUUUAUAAUACUCUUGUUUAUAAUUGCCAUACAGCUGUUUCUGGCCUACAAAUCGCUGGACAUUGAUUUGGCGGGCGCACUCCGCACUCAACGUGAUGUCCACGAACCGGAACCGGAGCUGGCAGCGGAGUCGGCAACGGAACUGGAUGCAGUGCAGCCGACUAAAACUGCAGCAGCCUUAACGGCCAAACAACUGGGCUUCCAGCCCGAAUGUGAUUUCCAUGCCAAGGAAGCAAUAUCGGCACUACAACGUGCCAAGACGAAAGACUGCCGUCAACAUAUCGCUAAGAUUGCCUGUGCCAUCCAAGCUGGACGCUUCUAUGCCACCAAACUGCACAGUAGCUGCCCAGCCGGCAAUCAUACGGCCAAUGUGGCCCUGGGUUGCUAUCGGGAUGAGAAGGAUUCACGCCUGCUCGCCGGUUAUUUCACCAGCUUCAAAACGUCCAAUUCACCGGUUGGUUGCAUUGAACUCUGCCUGCAAUCGGGUUAUCCCUAUGCGGGUGUUCAGUAUGCCCGUGAGUGCUUUUGCGGCUUCGAUGCUCCUCCCAGCUCCGCCAAGCUGCCCGAUUCCAGCUGCAACAUGAAGUGUCUCGGGAAUGCCAAGGAAAUCUGUGGUGGAUUCUAUGCCAUGAAUGUCUAUGAAACGGGCAUUGCCAAAUUCACCGCCCAACUGGCAGCUAGUAGUCCAGCCCCUGGAGAACAACAACAUCAACAACAACAGCAGCAGCAACAACAACAAGUUCGGAUUGCAUUUCUGCUGACGUUAAAUGGACGAGCAUUGAGACAAGUUCAUCGACUGCUCCGAGCACUUUAUGCCCCACAACAUGUCUACUACAUUCACGUGGAUGCGCGUCAGGAUUAUCUGUAUCGCCAACUGUUGGAGCUGGAACCCAAGUUUCGUAAUAUUCGGCUGGCUCGGAAGCGUUUCUCAACCAUUUGGGGCGGUGCCUCCCUGCUGACAAUGCUCCUGCAAAGCAUGCAGGAUCUAUUAGAGUCCAGCUGGCAAUGGGAUUUCGUGAUCAAUCUGAGUGAAAGUGAUUUUCCGGUGAAAACACUUGAUAAACUGGUGGAUUUUCUAAGUGCAAAUCGUGGACGCAACUUUGUGAAGGGACAUGGCAGAGAAACACAGCGUUUUAUACAGAAACAGGGAUUGGACAAGACAUUCGUGGAGUGUGAUACGCACAUGUGGCGAAUUGGAGAUCGCAAAUUACCUGCGGGAAUACAGGUGGAUGGUGGCAGCGAUUGGGUGGCACUUUCCCGUCCCUUUGUGGACUAUGUAACGCAUCCCGCUAAGGAUGAUAAAUUGCUGCAGGAACUGUUGUUACUCUUUCGACAUACGUUGCUGCCCGCCGAAUCCUUUUUCCACACUGUGCUGAGGAAUACGGCGCAUUGUCACAGCUAUGUGGACAAUAAUCUGCAUGUGACCAACUGGAAGAGAAAACUGGGCUGCAAGUGUCAGUACAAGCAUGUGGUGGACUGGUGUGGCUGCAGUCCCAAUGACUUUAAGCCCGAGGAUUGGGCACGUCUUCAGGCUACGGAGACGAAAUCCUUAUACUUUGCCCGCAAAUUUGAGCCGAUUAUUAAUCAGGCUGUGCUGUUGCAGCUGGAGGAAUGGCUGUAUGGUCCAUAUACUAGCGAAUAUGCCAAUCUGCAUGGCUACUGGCAAUCGCUGUAUCAUCACGAGGAUCUGCAUGGAGCUGGCGAUGAUUUGGCACGCACUGUGGGCGAUAGUCUCAUGCGACUUGCCGCCCAGCAAAGGAAACUACAAGCGCUAGAAUUGCUGGAAUUAACGCAUUAUCUGCAUCGGGAUCAGUACAAGGGAUUCCUGGUGCGCUUCAGUGUCCAGCGUAGCAAUGACUCCAAGCAGCUGCAGCUGGAGACACGAGUGCGUCCCGUGCAGCAUGGCAAGCUGGCGAGGAAUGCUCGAUUCAGCAAGCGACUGCGCAACUUUGAGGUCUCCACGGACUUUGAUCAGAAGGAGCAAGUGGCUCGCAACUUUGCCAAGCUGCUGGGACCCAGAAGUGAGCUGCUGCUCAGCUACACAUACCAGGGAGUUGCAGGAUCUGCAGAUGAUGUUGGUCACUCGUACAACCUGACGCUGCUGUGGCUGGAUCCCCUGGGACGCCUGCAGGAUUUCAAUGAGCUGCAUGUGGAGGAAUCGCGCAUCGAUGUCAUCAAUCACUCCAAGACGCUGCUGAAGCAACCGCUCACACCGGGCAUCUGGACAGCCAAGCUAAUUGGACGCACCUCCAUCUAUGCACAGCUCAAGUUUCUGGUCACACCCCUGUCCUAUGCCAAUGGUACGCCACUGGCAACAGUUGCCGCGGCUCAGAGCCAGAAUGGAGGACUCGGUCUGUCGCUGCCGGAUGAGUUUGAGCUGCCCGUGGAAUGGCAACAGCAUCUGCACAAUGAUGACGAUGUCUUUGCGUUGCGUCAAGAGGCUUUGGCCAAUUCCCAGCUUGUUGGUCAACAAUUAAAUAGCCACAUUGAUCAAUUGGUGGGCAAGUUCUUUCAGUUGCGUGAAACGUGCAUUGUGAAUGAACCCGCUGUGCUUCCCGAGCUGCCGCUCUGCCAGGAUACCAAUUGGAGUUCACUGGCCCUCGAUCCCAAGAGCGAUAUUGAGGCACUGAUCAAACGCCGAUAAUAAUAAUGGGGAAUCCCCUCGAGUUGUUAUAGCCAUUUUAAUGAAAACGCUACCAUUGAUACCCCAAUUUUGUUAUUAAUUUUGUUGUGUAAAUAACAUGUCCUCCUCUCUGUCUAUGUAUUG